UGAAUCGUUGACUAAAAUGCAUAUGAACAGGGUAACAAAGUGUAAGUACUAUCAGAUUGGUUGUUCCUGGCAAGGACCACACCAUGGUUUGGAGGGGCAUGAAGACGGGUGUGCCUAUCCCAAAAAGACUGGUAGUGAGGUACUGGAGGCCAUUCAACAGAAGGAAUCCGGGAGGGAUGAGGAUACUAAGGUCCUGAGGAAUGUUGUCAAGCUCUUGUCCUAUGAGAAGAUCACUUUCAAUGAUUUGCAGUUGAGGCCAUACCGUACAGACGAUUUCAUCACCAAGCUGUACUACGAAACUAGUCGUUUCUCUGCCCUCAACCAGCAAUGGGUAGUCAAAGCCAGGGUUAACGAUGACGAGAGGAAUCCAUCUCAUACACUAGAGCGUCGUAUCGCCUUCCAACUCUCUCUUAAGAGCCGUAUCACCUCCAACCUUGUCAUGCAAUUUAUGAUCCUCAAUGGGCCUUUCAGUGAUGCUAAGAUUGAGCCGCAUGUAUAUCGCUUUGAAUUCACCCCAGAGAAGACAGAUAGUCCCUACAAUAACAUCCCCCUGAUUGACUCGGCAGAAUGCAACAAAAUCCUGGCAUCCAAGACUAUCAACGUCAGAGUUAUCAUGUUCCAAAUACCAAAAUAAAGAGCGGACAGGACCAACAACUAAAAUCACAAAAAUUCAUCAUCUUUGAGAAAUGCUUGCAAGAGAGCAUGAUUGGCACAAAGCAAACAUUCACAAUAGAAGCAAUCGUCUUAAAGAUCCCCCUUCUUGAAAGCGAAAUUAGAUUAUUUUCCUCAUGAAAUAAGAUGUGUGCAUGAAAUAUCAAGUAGCGCCUGCUAAUAAAAAAUGUUGCAAGAUAAAAAACAAAUACAUAUGCAAGAGAAAAUCACAAGCUAAAGUAAAAAAUAAAAAAUUGUUCCUACCACAAAAAUAUAUGAUCAUUUUGCCAUAGAUUCUACAAUUAACCUGACAUGAAAUCACGUGGUAAAUAACUAUUCCUCCAUGCAUUCACGGCAAACCUUUAUCUGUUGGUUCCGGCUCCAGUGUGUAAUAAAACGCGAAUGGACUUGUACAUAGACUGUAUAUUAUACUGCACUGUACUGGCAUGAUGUAUAUACAUUAUACAGGAGAGGAGGUGUAAUUUUGUAAGAAAAAAGGUGUAUUUUUAUGAGGAAAUCUAUUGAUGCACUCAGUGUGAACUCAGGCCUAAAAUUUUUGUAGGAAGUAUAGCAGUGUCGUCCAUUUGAUGGAAUAAAGAGAUGUAGAAAAUAGCAAGGAUACAUUUUCAUUUUUCCAUUUACAGUAGUUUGAAAAAGUAGAUCACAAGCUUUAGAAUGGUUUAUAACCUGUCAAAAUUGAUCACCUAAUGAUCAUACUUCCUUCAAUCAGAAUGGGGAGAGAAGAGGAAUGCAAGUUUGAGACUCAUUCUUGCAUGGGAUGUGUUGAAACUCACAACAGUCCAUGACAGUAUAGCCUUUAAAGAAAUGCUGGUUUCUUGUUUUGGGUUUGAUUUUAUGGCUCCAUAUUUGCAUAUUAGGUAGAUGAAUGGUUACCUCUUUCUGAUGAGCUGAUUUUCCUAUAUUUUUAUUUUCUAAAUCCAAAAUUUAUAUUUUUAACUUCUUAAAGGGAUUCUUAUGAAUUUUAACUGGAUGGUCAUAUAUAUUUCACCUACAUUAUACAAUGAUUGAAGAAAUUAUCCUCAUGGUUCUUUUGUCUCUUUUCACUAUUUGUUGGAAGUCAAAAAUGAGGAAGAGAAAAUUGCAGUUGUAAAGUAACAUUUUGCCCCAAAAAUAUAAUAGAAAAAGAAAGAAAAUAAAACAGCUGUAAAAUAGUGAGCUUAGAUAGCCCCUAAAAUAUAGUUGGUAUUGAUAAACUUGCUUAUGCCUCAUUAUGAUAGUAGACAAUUCCUGCAUGAUUUUCUUUUCUACUUAUAACAUCAGUACAAGAAAUGAAGAAUUUAAAAUCAAACUGAACAAUAGUGACAAUAUUGAGGUGCAUUGUAAAUAAGACAGAUGAUGAUCUGCUAAACUUAAAUUAGAUCAAAUAAACAAUAUUUCUUCUUGAUCCUGUUGGAUGUAUAAUGCUUUUUACAGAUAUUAUAUGUUUGUAAUAGAAUAUUGUGUGUAUGUACAUACAGACAUAUCCUUCCCAAUUAUUGUACAUUUUUCUUGUUAAUAUUACUAACUAAAUAUUUAUUGCAUCAUAAAUGAUUUAAAGUCUAUAUGUAGCAAAUUAGAAAGAUAUAGCAAUACAGAGUAUUAUGUUUUGUGUUCAGUGUACUAGUGAUCAUAAUGUCUGGUGGGUGUAUGUUUCCAAGAUACUAAAACAUAAGUUUAACAUUAAUUAAUAAAUUAUUCAACUGGCUUUUAGAUUUGAAAUAUUAAAUCAGACCAUGUAGAACUAGGACUCAAAUUUAUCAAGAAUGAACAUAUUUUAUACUUUCUGCUGGUAGCAUUUUAAUCAAUUAAUAUUCAAAUUAUAUAGCCUGCAAAAUAUGAAGUAAUGUUUUUAUUAUGAUUGAAAAGAUUGGAUUAUUGGGUGAUUUGCAAUUUAAUACUUCAGAUUGAAAGGUAUUCUUUGAAUGUAUGGGCAUUAUAUAGAAAUGGAACAGUGAAUGUGUAUUGAAGAUAUUUGACAGUAGUAGACGCUAAAAGGGUAAGAUCAUUCUAAAUUCAGUGAGGAUUUAUCUUAUCCGUUGCCCCUUGCUGCCUCUAUUUGAUUACAUAAUCACAAAUAUUUUAAUCUCCCUAAUCCACUUCAGGGAAAUAGGAUUAGAGUUGUACCAUGAGAGUAAUUACAGUCUGACUAAUUAGAAUUAUAAUUAUAUUAUAUAAUAUGAUAAUUGUUUAACCCAAUUUAGAUUGAAAAUGAUUAUUCUCACAGACCCAUACAUAGGUACUUACCAUUUGCCCAAGUUGAUUUGGUUCAGGCCUGCAUUGAAACUCUUUAUUGCGUUUUAGAAAAAAAAAAUCAUUUUAUUUAUUUAUGCACAUCUGAUCAUUACUAUAUUAUAUUGAAUUUUUAUUCUUCUUACAGGAUAAUUUUUUUGAUGAAAAUAGUAUAAGAAAAUGUACAUAUAUAUUAUUUAUUAAUAUAUCAUUUAUGCCAAAUAGAACUUCAUUAUCAUAAUGUAUAAAUAUUCAUGUUUUAUCAGGGUAAUUCUGCAGAAUAGAAAACUUGUAAUAUGGAUGAAAUUGUGUUCAAUGCAUUGCAUACAGGGGUAUCAGAGAAAUGUAGGCUUUGUAAAGCAAGCAUUAAUUUGACAGCAUUUUAAAAACUUAACACAUGAUUCCAGGAAACAGAUUAACCCCAGGAAGUGUGACUCACCAUCAAGUUCACAUAAUUUUGACUUUAAAAAAAAUGUUUAUUAAUACCACCCAAGCUAUGGUUUUGUGUUCAGGAUUUGUGUUUUACAAGAUGGAUGUAAAGUUUGAAUGAUGUGGUCUAGUGCAAGACUGAUAUGAUUGAUGAAUAUGCUGCUUUUAGUCAUUAGACAUGAAACAACUUCUUGCCAUGUAUGAUAUUCCAGCAUAGAAAUAUUUUGUGUGGUAGACGUUUUAAAUGCUGUUUUACUCUUUCUGUACUCUGUGAUCCUUGUUGCUAUAGAAAAGUAUAGAACAUAACUUGAUUUUUUACAAACCCUCAAUUUAAUGGAACAUUCAUGAGGUUUAGAUAAUUUCAUAGUAUUCUCUUUUUUAAAAUCUAUAUUUACAUCUAUUAUUAAUACAAAAGAUAUAUACAAAAAUUGGCAUUAUGUUACAUAUUAAAAGUAUAUUUUCUAAUGUAGAUUUUUAAGUGCUAUAGGUUCGCUGGAUAAAAGUAAAAACUCUGAAGAACAGAAAUAUAUGAUAAAUGAUCUAUAAAUUAUGAUGGAACUAUCAUACUUUCAUUCACCUUUCACACUUGGAGAUAUUUUGCUCUCAGAACUAUUUAUCAAACCAUGCAGUUUUAAUACUUAUGCUUGAUAAAUCAGAAUAUUGAAAAAUAGUUACGAACAGGAUAUGUGCUUAGUUCACAAUUUAUAUGACAAGGGAAGCAAAUUAUAUUUGGAGCUUGGCAAUGCAAAACUUACAUGUAAAUGAUGUACAUCCCUAGGAUUGACAGGAUUGUUACUUGCCUGAAAGCCAUUCAUCAAGUACAUAUUUCUUUUAUGAAUCUUGAAAGGCGUGGUAUGCAUAUUAUGCUCAUUAAUGAGCAUAUAAUGAAAUUAUGUCCCAAAGCUUUGUGCUUGUGUAUCAUUACUUGUCAAUAAAGUAUAUUGCAUUAUCUCAUAAUGUGAAUAAUGUCA